UCCGCUCUUCAACGUUUUUUAGAUUUUAACCAACAUAAUUUUCCACACAGAUGUAUUGUGCUGCUGACUGAGCCAAAAUGGCUUUAUAUUUAACUUGGGCAUCAUUCAAUAAUAUAAGAAUGCUUCUAAUGGCAUGCAUGCCGGUGGUAAUAUUUUAUCUCAUUUGGCUAGUCAAUACUUCUGAAGGUAUAAGAAGUGAAGAAGGAACACUAUUAGAUCUUGUGUGCUGGCCAGACGGUAACGCAAUACCAGUUAUAAUCGCUACAGGUUCUGUUAUUGCGGUAGUUAUUGAGCUGUAUGGCCUGUAUCAAUUGUUCAAGGCAGGUUUACCAAAGCGAGAAUACAAUGUGACGAAUGGGCUGUAUUAUUACAUUUGGUCCCUCAUCGUAAUGAUCAUAAUUUUUCUUGCAAUUAUGUUUUAUUCGGGGCUUCAAUCUACUAUUAUUAGAGCUAAAAUUAAAGGCGGUAUCACUAAAGCAAUGCUACGAUACUCCAGUCACCUGCCAUCGAAGGUCGCCAUAGAUCGUCUGCAGACUCGGUUCCACUGCUGCGGCCGCGUCAACUUCCAAGAGUGGUUCUACAUUCCUUGGUACACAACAGCGGUAUCCGUUGAUUCAAAGGGUUUAGCCAGGCGUAAGUUUGUCGCUGACAACGUGCCAUACAGUUGUUGUUCAUUGGACGCGCUAUGGCCAUGCAUUCAUCAUGGUGUUACUAAAAUGGGCGCUAUUUACAAAUACAAUCCCGCAAAACAACUCACUAUAUGGAAAGAUGGUUGUGAAGAAAAGUUGAUAAGUGAAAUGAUGGCUGUAUCAUGGAGAUUUAACGCUGUGAUGUCGCUGAUCAUCAUUGCUAUGAUACUGCAGGUGAUUGCAGUUCGGUACCUACACACGGCAUACAGGAACGGGCUACAUGCUGGGAACCCAAUAUUAUGCAAAGCAUACCUUCUCCGUUCCCUCACGGACACGGAGUCUCAACCUAAGGGUACCGCGAAGAAAAAGGUCACUUUCAUUGCUUGUUGCUUUUAA